AUGUGCCUCCCUCACACCAACAACAUGGACAACAAGCUGCAGGGGGCGGGGCCAGGGGGAGGGGCUUCACUUCAACCACAAGGAGGAGGCGUUCCAUUGGAGCCCUUCAUACACCAGGUGGGAGGUCACAGCAGUAUGAUGCGUUAUGACGACCACACAGUGUGUAAACCUCUUAUCAGCAGAGAGCAGCGCUUCUAUGAGAAUCUGCCUCCUGAGAUGAAGGAGUUCACCCCAGAGUUUAAAGGUGUGGUGCUGGUGUGCUUUGAAGGUGACUCUGAUGGCUACAUCAACCUGGUUGCUUACCCCUACGUGGAAAGUAACAUGGGGGAUGGCACAGAAGAGCACGAGGAUCGUGAUCCUCCAGAGAGGGAGCAGCCGAGGAGGAAACACUCGCGCCGUAGCCUCCAUCGCUCUUCCUCCUCCUCCGAACACAAGGAGGAGCGGCCGGACAGGAGGGAGGCUCAUGACACCGACACCUCCGAUAAUCUUGGAGAGUUGAAGAGUCCCAGGCUCGACCCAAAGAUCCACUCAGACACUCCCUUCCAGAUGCUGGACUGGAACAGUGGUCUGACAUCGGAGAAGAUCAGCCACAAUCCGUGGAGCCUCCGCUGCCACAAACAGCAGCUCAGCCGCAUGAGGUCCGAGUCCAAGGACCGCAAACUCUUCAAGUUCCUGUUGUUGGAGAACGUGGUUCACCACUUCUCGUACCCCUGCAUCCUGGACCUGAAGAUGGGCACCAGGCAGCACGGAGACGACGCCUCUGAGGAGAAGGCAGCCAGGCAGAUGAAGAAAUGCGAACAGAGCACUUCAGGGACGCUGGGAGUCAGAGUGUGUGGCAUGCAGGUGUACCAGCUGAACACUGGUCACUACCUCUGCAGGAACAAGUACUACGGCCGUGGCCUGUCAAUCGAAGGCUUCCGCCAGGCCCUCUACCAGUACAUGCACAACGGAAAGGGCCUGAGGCGGGACCUCUUUGAGCCAAUCCUGAAUAAGCUUCGCAGCCUGAAGGCGGUACUGGAGAGGCAGGCGUCGUACCGCUUCUACUCGUCCUCACUGCUUAUCAUCUAUGAGGGAAAGGAGCUUGAGGGCCCUUCAGUCCUCCACUCCGCGCAGCAUGCAGCCUGGCAGCAGAAGACCCCCGCGGCCCCCGCAGAGCCCCAGUGUGGCCCCGCACCUCCACGCCCCGACGCUUCCUGUCAAACGGACAUGAGCCAGAAGCCAGACCUGGACUCUCUGAUGGCUCCGCCCUCCCCCUCGCCUCCCACACAAGCCCAGCCCACCAAGUCAGACUGCCACUCCUUUCUCCCACGACCCCCCUUGCCUCACCCGCAUCCAGACUUCCCCUCCCUGGCUCCCAGUUUAAUCUCCUUCCCCUCUGCUCCCCCUCCACCGCCCCAGCAGCCCCCCCUUGUGGACGUUCGUAUGAUCGACUUCGCCCACUCCACCUUCAAGGGUUUCCGCGGCGACACGGCGGUGCAUGAUGGGCCGGACCGGGGCUAUGUGUUUGGACUGGAGAGCCUGGUCCAGAUCCUGGAGAGCCUGCGGGAUGACAACCUGCCGUAGCUCCCAACACUCACACUCAUUUUUACUUCUGUCUUUGUGAGGACCCUCAUGCAGCCCUGUGAAGGUUCGUCCCACAGUGAGGACCGACCACAACGUCCUCACUGUCCAAAAAUGUCCUCACACCCAAAGUCCGAUCGGUCCUCACAAAGAUAGAUACACAGCUACACACAUACACACACACAGUUCAGGUCGUUCUGUCGGUGCCGCAACGUUCUCAGUAACUGAGACGUCUCGGCUGUAAAUAUGGAACAGUGUUCUCCGGGACAUCACCAUGGCAACAUGGGCUUUCUACAAUCGAGUAGUUACUAUAGCAACGGCCAGGAGGUGGGACAGUGGAGCAAAAAUGGCUGCAAAUUAAAGCUGAUAUGGAGAACCUCUGUGUGUCUGCAUCCCUGCACAACACACGCACACGGUUUGUACUUCGAUUCUUGUGAGGAUGAUGUAAAGCUCAGUGAUGUUAAGCAUUCCCUGAACGUUGUCAUCAAAAAAAGAAAACAAAUGCCGACCCAAAACCCCCUACUUUGUUGUUGGUGACGCUUUAACCAUCGUGAAACUAAACCCCUGAGCUUGUAUUGGGCGUUGCUCUCCUGAGGGCUGUAUUUUAUCCCAUCUUUACAAUAAUACCCGAGUAAAUAAUAACUCUCUGUCAGAUCAGCCAAAAAACAUGUUUGACUGAGGACAGUUUCAUUCAGAAGUCUCCAAUUAAGUAAAGCAAUUGGAACACAUGAAAGAGAUCCACUUUAAAUAUGAGGACGUCUCUCCGAAUCUGAUACAGGAGGACAAAAAACAGUAGUUUAUUUUGGCUUUAGUUAUUACAGGGCUGGAAAAGUCCCACUUAUCAUUUGUGAUGAAUCCAGUCUGAAGAGGGCUGUGCUUGUUUGAAUGUUGAAUGUGCAAAGUGUCUUUGUGCGCACCCUAAAAAUGAGUUUGAAAGAGUUUGUAAGAUGUGUUAUGUGCAAACCUGAAGCAUCCACUGAGCACUGAGUGUACGGUGACAUAGGGAAAACCUUGUGUCCAGUUAAAUGAGAUCAAAGCAUGUAUUUUUGUAUUUUACGCUGCAGCCACACUUAGAAGUUUUAAAGCACUCGUGGCAUUUAAGAACCCCUAAAACUGAGACUUUUGGGAACACGGCUGAACCUGAUUUAGUUUGAAAAAUCUGGAGUUGCGCUUCAGUCUGGACAGAAACAGACUUUGAAGACACCCAUGUUCACUUUUUGAUUUGGCCUCAAGAGAUUAUUUUCAUUUUUAAAAAAUGAAAACGUAUUAUUGUGGAUGUAGCCUUAGAACAAAUCAUCAAACUCACGCAAUUUUGAAAACAGACUUCGAGCACAUUUAAGUUCAAACAUUGCAGUGCAAAAUGCCCUCUUUAACUGGAACAAACGAAAGAAUGUCUCCACUCCUGAAAUCUGAAACUCAAAGCGGUCCUCACAAAGAUAGACAAACACACUCUCAUAUGUCCUGGGAGCAGCUGCCUGUGAAGCUGUUUGACAGCAAUGUGGGACGGUGCGUCCUGUCUCAUCUACCGGUCAGCUGAAUCCUAGGGAACUGACGUUGGCCAAUGCUCACGUUACUCCGCUCUCCACACUCCCUGAUCCCCACAUCUUCCCCUCACUCCUAUUUCUCCACAAAAACUAAACUUGGACAGUUAAACUUACUCCUUUAUCGAAAGACGCACUCAAACACAUCCAAGCAUCUGUUAAAGCAAUAGAUGGCAAUGUAAGAUGGCGAUGUUUUGCCCCCCGGCCUGCAGAGGGCAUCGUUGUCAUGUAGGGAGGGAGAUCCAACAGAAGUAGAAGUAGGCUUCAUGGAGAGAAUAUAGAUAAUCUUUAAAAUGCUGUAAGUCUGUUCUUGGGGAUAAAUUUAAAAAAAACACACACAUUAGUAGUUGGUGUCCUGUGAAACCAUCCUCUGGGUUAUUGUGUAAUAUCGGAAGCAUAAGUGUCACUUUUCCAAGUCUCAUCUCGUGAUGCUAAUUUUAUUGUUGUCAACAAAUCUCAUGAACAGCCUGAUAAAAACACACCUACACACCAUUUUCCUGCUGUAAAUACUCACCAGAGCAACAAAUGUGUGAUAAUCUGCUUCUGAAAAUAGUCCCUCCUUAAAAAAAUUCCUUUUUUAAACAAACUGAAUAAAUGUAGGAGUAUUUGAUUUCAUUUGGUGGCCCUUCUGGAGCAGAUGGAGCUGCUCCGUUGUAAAAAGCUUUCAGAACAUUCAUGGUGUAAAACUAAAGUCUACAGAACAAGCUACUAAAUAGAGCCUGUGCGUGAAACUAGGUCAAGAUUGAACUUUAGGUAACAAAAUACACAAGAAAUGCACAGAAAAUGGAAAUAAUGGGUCAUUUGAUUUGAUCACAAAUUCUAAAAGCAGAUACUUAGUAAGCCUCGUGGUCUUUUCAUGGGAUCUGUUGACAAAAUAAAAAGUAGCACCAUCUUUAUUCUUGAAGUUGGGGCUGGGUGAUUCAGCUGAAUAAUGAAGGAUAUUUCAUAAGAAUAAUAUUUUUCUGACAUGUAUAUAUACACAUAUAUAUAUAUUAUAAAGAUAUAUAAUAUAAAUCUCUUUAAUAGAAGUUAACUCAUUCAUUUCAUGAAAAUGUUAUUCUUUCAACAAUUUUGUUUUCGAUUAUAGUAAAAUUUAAUUUCACAGGAUCGUUUUGCAUAAUAAUGCAGAUUUGUCACCCAGCCCUGCCUCAAAAACACAUUUUGAAUAUAUAUUUAUAAAUAUAUAUGUAUACGAACAAAUUAUCCUGUAACUGUCAGCAGAAUGGGCUACAUUUAUCUUCUCUGAUUGGUCCAGAUCAGACAAUGUUAGCCAAUAGUAUUCGUCCAUUUAUGCUUCCCUCAACAAGUCCCUGGCCGUGAUGCAGCGCCGCCCCCUGCUGGACAGCAACAGGCACUCAGCCACAGGAGCUGAAAUAAAAGAGAGCAAAUAUGAAUAUUUUAUUUUUGGUUUAUCAAGGUAAUAAUUUAUUUUUUUAUUGUACCUUUGCCCAUAUGUGUGGGUAAAUGUUUUGUCUUUUACAUGUUUCCCCCGAUUGUUAAAAAUGUUGAGAAGUUAUGAGACACAGUUUGAAAUGUCAGGAGCAUCUUAAGCAGUAUUAUUGAGCCCAACACUUCUGCCUGCAGUGGAGCUGCUGCUCUGGUGGGAAGCUCUGUUGAACGUGUGUGUGUGUUAUAGAAAAGACGCCAUGUUUAGUCUUUGGUUUGUUUCAUUUCACAAUUAAAGAGUUGGUAAAGAAUUGCAUGCACAUUUACGUCAUCCCUGUUUUCAGCACCACGUCAAACAUCCCUGUAACAGUCGUCACCGAGUCUCAAGCGGCAAUGGUCCACGUGUCCUCUCAGUAUCAUGAUACUCCAUCAUGGAUAUUAGCCUUUGGUGAUUGAUUGGACUUAUUUAGCAGCAUUUUCUGCAUUUGACAUCAUCCUGACUGUUUGUUAGAACAGUGAAAGUAAGUGAGAUUAAAACUUUCCAGAAGCUU